AUGAAUCCAACUGCCACUCCCAUACAGACCUUUGGCCCUUUGCAUGCAUUGACUAUUGUGCCAAGACCAGGGAAGAAAAAAUUCAAUACCAGACAUGAGAUAGCGAAUCCAAGUGGGACUGUGUUGAUAGCAUCAAAAGUUAAACAAGCCUUUACAAAAAAUGUAUGA